AUGGGGGCAAUCGAGGAGAUCUGGGGGGAUCAAGUCAUGUCCAAACAGUACUUCGUAGCGGUGAACGGCAGCCGGGCUGCCAAAGGGUUCGUGCAAAUGGUAGAAGGACCGGAAGACCGAGGAGUUCUAGAGGAUGUGGGCACUAAGGCAGAGGACAAAGCUGUGGAGGACCUGGUUGAGGUGCGACUCGAUAUAGAGCAGCCGGAUAAGUUCUUCCUGCUCGGUUCCAGCCUUACUGCCCAAGAGAGAACCGAGAUGGUUGAUGUCCGAGAUCGCAAAACCACAGAAUUUCAGAUGUUAACCCAGGGUAGCAAAACAGUGGCGGAGUAUGAUCGUGCUUUCACCGAGUUGGCAAGGUAUGCACCUCACAUGGUCGACAACGAAUACAGGAAAGCUCGCAAGUUUGAGAGUGGACUUCGAGGGCCAAUUCAAGACCGGGUUAAUUUGCUUAACAUGCUAACGUAUGCUGGAGUGUUAGAUAAAUCCAUCCUUGCAGAAGCCAACUUGAACAGUAGUCAGAGUUUAGGGGAGAAUCAGAAAAAGAGGCAGACCUAUGACAAUCGCCAAGACCAGCAUGAUGCCAAGAAGAAGACAAAUGUGGACAGUUCCAACAAUAUGAACCAGGAAGGUGGCACCAGGCCGACAUGUACAAGUUGCGGGAGGCAACAUUUUGGAGUUUUUCAUCGGACAUCUGGAGCAUGUUUUGAAUGCGGUGAGAUGGGUCAUCAUAUUAAGGAUUGUCCCAAGGUAAAGGCUAGAGAUGAUAAGAAGAGAUGA